UGUACACAUGUAGUUAACAUUGGUUCGUCCGUGGCUGGCUGGCUGGCUGAGUCGGGCAGGCAGGCAGUAAAGUUGAAGGAACGCUGAAAUUUGGUGGAACACUCCGAUUUCGCGAAACCUGCUUUCACUCGAAUCGCUGUAGUGCUGCUUCUUCAGUUCAUUUCCUACGUGCUUCGUCUUCGCGUGGUCUUCUCUCCUCAUCAUUUGUUCUUCUCCCCGUGGCACCCAAACCACGAAAUCACCGGCUCCAUAAGGAAUACAUACAUGUGUAAGACUCUCCUCCUAAAAGAUAGAAAAAAAAACGCUGACAUUUUCAUUAACCAUUGUUUUACAGACGUCAACCGAGCGAAUUAUUGUGUAGUUCAUCCUUGUGGUUAAAAAUAAUAUAGGAAAGGAGACAGCCAAGAGAAAUAAAACUUUGCAGAAUUUCUGGAAUAGAAGAAAAAAACGUGAAAGUUUCUAUAUUUUGUCGUCGAGUGAGUGAGUUAUGGAUAUGUUUAUUUAAUAAAGUGUAAUUUUGAAGUGGAAUGGAGAAAACCAUUUAUACACUCAAAUCCCAUUGAGAACAGGACAGGAUUCGCAAUACUCACCGCUUUCUCCUACGUACGUACUCAACUUGGAUAUUGUGACAUUUCAACUUUCCAUCAGUCUCCAGAAAAAAUACUGCUAUUUACACACCGUUUGGAAUCUCCUUCUCUCCAACUGAAUCACUUUUCCCACUGCGUUGUUCCCCUUCUUCUUCAUCCUUGUUGAAAAAGGGGAAUAAUAUUGAAUCAGCCAGCCAGCGAGACCACUUCUAAAUCUAAUCCAACCCCAAAUGAGGAUUGAUGAUUCGCACGACCACCCAUCAUCAUUAUCACUCCAGGUGGAAAUGACAUUGGAACAAUCAGUACAUCAAAAGCUAUCCUUGAUGGAGAAGGAGCUCUCUUCCUCUUCGUCCGACCACAACUCUCAGUCCCGCGGUCUCAGCCCAGGCCCUGGUCAGACUUUGACCACUUUGACUGCCAGCCCCACAACUCCCUCAGGAGACGAGUCGAGCAGUGCGAGUGGCUCCGCUAAGAAAAUCUCAUUUGGCAAAGUUUUCAGCAAAAAUGAACAACCUCAGUCGAUCACUUCACCUUCGCCCACUUCUGCCAACGCCAAUGCAUCAUCCAGCUUUCAGCAAAAUUCCUCCGCUUCUCAAAAUUCCUACAGUUGCACUGCAAAUCAUGGAAAUCACAAUCACAAUAGCAAAGGGGGGUCCUCAAACCCGGGGACGCCGACAAGCCCCAAUUUGGGAAAGUCGAGACAUUCUUCUACCAGUUCUACAGGAUCGGAUAAGGAUAAAUCUGUCCGCGUGACCAGGAAGGUGUUCAACACUUGGAGAAACGUGUGUGGCAAAAAGACAAAGGAUUUGUUUAAACGUUGGAAAACCCUGCCCGAACAUCAGACUGAGAAUGACGACGAUUGUCACCCUGGAUCCACCACUUCCACUCCGGGAAGAACGACGCCAACGACGCCAGGAUUCUCGGGAGGAGGAGAUCCCCCACCCACCACAACCGUGGGAAAGAUCAGAAUGUUGGUCAAGAAGCAUUCCCAGGUCGAGAUGCCAGAACCCGUCGUGGUGGAUGAGAAGUCUUCUUGGAGUGUGCAUGUCUGGGCCACCUACGUGCAGCGAGGCAGCGUUGAUGAGGAGGGUGAAAGCGAGGAAAAACAGCCAGGUCGAGAUUUUCUAUCAGAUUUCCAGAAAGUAAAAUUGACCCAUUUCUUCCGCCACGUUUUGGACAUGAACAAAGACGAUGUGAUAUCCGCUUCUGAUUUUGUUGCGUUGAACCAGAGGAUCCGUCACUACAUCGAGUGGUCUUCGGAAUGUAUAGAGUUUCACAUUUUAAAAGAAGUCCACUCCGGAUUCCUGGAAUGUUUCUUGAACCAACCGUUGGACGAGUGUUCCGUUAUGUAUUACUGCCAUUCGGAUAAAGAAACGAGGGAUCAUGUCAACAUUGAAGAAUGGCUGGAUGUUUGGGGCGAACUCUUGCAUGGGAAAAGAGUGAUGGAGACUCUUCCCCUAUGGCUGCAAUAUUUCCCAAAAGUAUUAUUUCAAGUCAUUAACAAAAACGGUUCGGGUAUCAUAUCUAAAGAGCAGCUUAGAGCAUUUUACACAAUGUUCCUAGGAAUUGAUUUUCGCGUGGUGAACGAAACCUUAGAUUCCAUCUAUGAUGCUAUGACGGAUAAGGGAAGCGGCAAGAUAGAUUAUACUUUGUUCAAACUCUGCUUCUCAAACUUUCUAUUUGGAAAGUAUCCCCAUGGACCUGGUCAAUACGUAUUUGGAAUCUGUUCUCAAGACAGUUUGACGUGUCCCUUUCCCAUCGACUACAGUGCUCUCAACACAUCUCCUGAUGACCUGGAACCCUACAAUCCCGUCAACGAUAAGGACACCAGCAACAGAAGAUCGGUCAUUGUCUGAUUAUACUAAAAGUUGUCAAAAAAGCUUAAAGUUCUCAAUUAUUUACAUAUAUAAUGUAUUUCUAAGUGUUAUCAAGUAUCUAAUUGUGAUUAAUAUUAAGUUACACGAUUUCAUGUCUUGAUUCUUGAUGUAAUUCUAUUUAUUAUUGUCAUUCCAAAUUUCUGAGCAAUUGUAUCUUCCUUGCGCUCAUUAGACGUCUCCAUUCAUUCAUAGCCAAUUCAGCUAAAAGACGUGCAAAUUGUAAUUGUUAAACCUUAUUUUUUGCCACAUUCUUACAUAAAAUAUGUGUAUAGAAAUAGAGCUCCUGUAACUCAUAACCAUCGAGAUUUGAGAUUAUAGGAAUGUGUAUCAUCCUAAAAAAAGUCAAUGUACAUAAGUUUUCCAUAUCAUGAUCAUCAGUAUGUUUGCCAUUGGUUGGAGUGUACCAAGAAAAAAAGAGAAAACAGAAAACUGUAAAUUUCGCGAGUAUGUAUUUACAUAAGUACAUACUACAAAAAUAUAAAUUGCUUUGAAUGUUUACUUUCAUGUACAUAUUAUGUAUGUAAAACUGUGUGUAUUAUGACUCUGUAUAUAAAUAAAUACUUACACGUGUAUGUAAACAAAUACUAUAUUUAUUCGGUGGGGUAAAAGAAAUAAUAGUUUUGAAAAUUGAGGAUGGAUCUAUAAACCAAAGAUAUCAAAAUUCAACACCUGCUUAACAUAUAAAUAUAUGUAUAUUAGAUAAGUGUGUAUGUACAUAAAUACGUGUAAACUGUAUAUGCGCUAAAUAAAAUUUUAAUUUCUGACCAA